CGGACCUGAACACUAGGGACUUGGACCCGUGCCAGGUGUGACAGAAAAAGGAAUAUUAACGGUGUGCCCUGCAGUAGGAUUGAGACCAGUAGCUCCAACUUUUUAAAUGUUGGGCCGGAUCCUAUUUGUGUUUGUGACUCUCAGCCUGUGCGGUGCAGCCUCCUCACUGAGCUGCUGGUGGAUGGACAACAGAUUCAGACAUUCCAGCAACAAGUCUUUGAAUCUACUGGAUUCAAUGGCUAAUAACUCCACCAACACCACUGAGGAUGCUGAAGUGGAGGACACUGUGGCCUUCCCUGAUCAUCUGUACAACCAGGCGUCCAAAGCUUCAGCUGAAGACAAACUGUUUUUCAUGGCUCAGAUUCGGGAGGAGAUGGUUUCUCUGUUUGAGGAGGAUCACAGAGCUGCAUCAUGGGAGGAGAACACGGUGGAGGAGCUCCUCCUGCGUCUGACCAGCCAGGCUGACGGCCUUCGCUCCUGUAUUGGGAGCCAUGGCCACAAGAAGAAGAACAAGAAGCUGCACAGGUACUUCAGGAGACUCUUCAGACACGUUCUGGAGGAGAUGGGCCACAGUGCUGAAGCCUGGGAGCUGACCAGGAAGGAGAUGAAAACCCAUCUGAUGAGAACAGAGCAGCUGGCUGCAUCUCUGCUCACCAACUAA